CGGUCAGCGCUGGCGGCCCGGUCAUCCCGCCCAGCCCGGCCACCCCUGCCAGCCCGGCCGCGCCCGGGGAGCUGCCACACCGCCCCCGCCCGCCCGCCGGCCGAUCCAGAAAGAAGCAAACAUGAACGAGGUAGUGGAGACCCUAAGAAAGAUAGAGCAGAACUACAAGCUCUUCCAGCAGCAGCAGUUUUCAUUUGUCAGAGCACUGGAACACACCCGGGAGGAAGCCCAUGACUUGGUCAGACCUGUGUCAUCCAUCACCCAGGUCCAGUGCUACAAGGACCACCACUGUUACAAUGCCACAGACAGGCGCAUCCUCAACAUGUUCAUCUCCAUCUGCAACGAUCUCCGCAGCCUCUGCCAGAAGCUGGAAACGGUGCACCCUGGCGACAGCGUGAGCAAUGGCCUUUUGGAGAAGUGCAAAGUGCUCCUUAACGACAGCAACGACUUCACUGCCAUCCGAGCCACCUACCCCCACGGUGUUGUGAAUUACCUGAGCUUGGAAGAAGCAAGGCAUCGCUAUGGAGGGGUGGUGAGCCUCAUCCCCAUCGUUAUAGACAGCAUGAGCGAGUGGAUAACUUACAUGAAGAGGCACGUGCUGUAUAAAGUGAGUUGUGGAUGUGGCAUGUCCCAGAAGGAGACGCCCAUUUCCCAAACACCAUCUGCUGUGCACCUUGCAGCUCCAACCUCUGUUAGUAAUAAACAUGCUAUACAAUUGCAGGAAAAAGAUUUCGAGACAUACCUGGCUGAAAAUCAACGUCCACAACAAAAAGCUCCCUGGAGGCCACCAGGCAAACACCCCUUUUAAAGGAUCAAAGCUCCUGCAUCUUCUGCUCACCAUCUUUAACUACCUGGCUGAUUAAAGACAAUGAAAUGAACACUAGAGAUCCAUCCUGAGUCCACUUUCUGAAGAGCUGCCCUGCAGCCAGCCUGGGACAGAUGCAUUCACUCUCCCUUGCUGAUAUUUCCACUCUUCUCCUCAAAGUCAUAUCCCAACAGAGGUAGCUGUAGCUAUAGCUGGUCCCUGGGACCAGCACUGCAGUGGGAGCAGGAAACAGUCAGGAGUCAUCAAGUUCUAAUCUCUCAGAAAUGAAACCUGGAUAAGAUACUUGAAAUAGGAUUUUACAUUUUCUCAGCCUCCUUCCUGAGGAACAUCCCCUCCCUUGCCACAGCCAGCGGGGUAAAGAAUCUGCCUGUGUGAAGGAUGUGAUACAGAGCAGCAAAGGCCUGGCAUUAUGGAUUCAGACACAUCUUCGAGAUUUAGACUUGUCUCUAAGAUUCCCUCACCCCCAUAGAAAUUGUAUGGUUAUCUGGACCACAGAAUCUCUGUUUACAGCACACUAAGGAGGUCUCCAUAUAUGCCACUGGCUACAGAGGCCAGUGUGCUUCAGCUGUGCUCUGCUGCAGCCUCCUGCAGCUCCUCACACCACAGAACAUCUCCCCUUACACCUGCUUGACUCUUCUUCUGUCACAGCUGGAGAUGUAAAGGAGAGCAGAGCUCAUUUUGCCCUUAGUUUGUGUGUACUGACAAUAGCCAAAUGUGGACAAAACACCCCUGUGCUCCUCAGACCUCUACAAAAUAAAAGCCAUUUCCAGUCCAUGUGAUCCAUGGGAAUGUGGUGGGACCAUCAUGUUCAGAUGGUUCCUGUUCAAAUUGCAAAUUAAACUGUCUGUGCUUUCCCUGUUUCAAGGCAAGGUUAGCAUUACCUUAUCCAGAUGUCCCACCUAAGGGGCGGGCCCAGGCUGGCCCUGGGGCUUAAAAUAUGCAGCAUGUGGUCAGACCCUAAAGCCCUUCCUAAAUAACAGUGUCCUCCCUGUAUCUGGCUGCUCUUUUCCCCUCCCACAGGCAAAUUACCUCCUGGCUCUUUGCUUCCUGCUGGAAGACACCCCUGAAUAAACAAUUUCCCUUUGCA